AUGAGGUGGCUUGGACUCCUCCUGCUGGUAGCCUUCUCAGAAUGCUUAGUCAAAAUUCCUUUGAGGAAGGUGCAGUCUAUGCGGGAGAACCUGAGGGAGAAGAACCUGCUGCGGGAUUACCUGGACAGGUACCAGAGGCCCUACAUCCUGUCUGACAAAUCCAGGAGCAGCCAGCUUCCAGUCCAGGGACACCUGCGGAACUACCUGGAUAUGAUCUACGUGGGCAACAUCAGCAUCGGGACACCCCCUCAGGAGUUCUCAAUGGUGUUCGACACGGGCUCCACGGAUACAUGGGUGCCGUCCGUCUACUGCGCCAGCAGGGCCUGCUUGAAACACAGGAUGUUCAGCCCCGACGAGUCCUCCACCUUCCACCCAUCUGGGGAGAUCAUGGACGUGACCUACGGCACGGGAUCCAUGAACGGAAUCGUUGGCUAUGACACUGUAAACAUCUCCAACAUCGUGAUCCAGAACCAGGCAUUUGGGCUGAGCGUGGAGGAACCCAGCGUCCACUUGGAGUUUGCCCGCUUCGAUGGCAUCCUGGGCCUGGCCUACCCCAACCUUGGCACCCCGGGGAUCGUCCCCAUCUUUGACAACAUGUGGGAGCAGGGUCACAUUUCUGAGAACAUCUUUGCCUUCUACUUGAGCAGCAAAGACCCAGAGGGAAGCGUGGUGAUGUUUGGUGGGGUAGACCCCUCCUACUAUGUCGGGGAGCUCAAAUGGGUGCCGGUGACCAGACCAGGAUACUGGCAGCUGACUCUGGACAGCAUCUCCAUGAACGGGAAGAUCAUUGCUUGCUCAGAAGGCUGCCAGGCCAUGUUGGACACCGGGACCUCAUUGGUGAUCGGCCCCCAAAAUGACAUCCUCUCCAUCCAGAGGCUCAUUGGCGCCUGGCACUUAUUCGGCGGCGAGUACGUGACCAGCUGCCAAGCCAGGAACACCCUGCCUGACAUUGUCUUCACCAUCAACGGGGUCAAGUACCCGGUGCCAGCCAGUGCCUACAUCCGACAGGUGAGGACCAACCCGUGCUACAGCAACUUCGUAAGAGCAAACAAUUGGGGUGGACCCAGUCUCUGGAUUCUGGGAGAUGUCUUCCUGCGUCUCUACUUCUCGGUUUACGACCGUGGCAAUAAUAGAAUUGGCCUGGCCCCUGCCAUGGGGAGUCCAGCCAAAUGCCUGUUCCGCUCCAGUGCCCUGGAAUUUUCCAGGCCCCAGUUACUAUCUCCACCCUCGCCAGCCCACCCCCAUAUCCCACUGCUUCUGGUUAACCCUUGCUCAGCCACCUGCUCUGAGCCUCCCCCCAAGUCCUUCUGUAUUUUCCCAUUACCUCAGCAAGAAUCAGAUUUUGUCCUGAAGGAAGAGAGGGUCCUGAUGAAAGCUGAGGUCUUGGCAGAGUGUCCAUUCUCCACUCUCAAGAUGAAGAGAAACCUAGUGGAGCUGGCUCACGCCAUGUGCAGAACCUUCUGUGUGAGCCAGUUUUAG